GGUCCCUGACAGUGUUGGUUCUGACAGCUGUCUGUCUUCAUGUACAACAUGUUAGUCUGGAGGUUUAAACUGGUGUCCUCUCACAGAGUUGGUGAUUCAAACUAAACUUUCAUCUCUGUCAGAGAAAACUGAUCUGAGUUGAGUCUUGUCAACAAAAAUGAAACAUAUAUUUUGUCUUAGUUAUUAUCAAGAUUUAUUGUUAGCUCUUAACAGUCUGGUUUUCGUCAUGGAAGAAAGGUCGUUGACAAAAACAAUUGUCAUUGAAAUGAACACGUCCUUUGACACAGAUGUGCAAAAGAUACGACCACCUCUCCUACAACGGAGCAAGAGUCUCUUCCUACUAAUUGGAAAAACACACUGCAGGUGAAGUGAGUGGGACUUCAGACACUUUGGGCCCUGAAUUCAGGGUGAACUGUUCAGGUAGUGCAGAGACAAAGAAAAAAACAAUCAGUACCUAGUUAUGCCACCUUGGGUAAACAAGAAAUCACUGGUUUACAUCCUGAAGUACCGUCUGAUCCAGGCUGCCAUUGUUCACCUGCUCCACAGCUGAACUUCAUCAGGAUUUAAAAUGGUGCAUCUCAUGUGUCUUAAAUGGACCUCUGUCAGAGAGGCUUGUUUUGUUUGGAGCGGGAAAAACUUUAUUUGGGAGGACUUUACAGGUUUGAACAGGAGCGUCUGAAUUCACUAAUGCUGACUAAUAUCUGAAUAACACAUCAUGUUGUAACCUGCAGGUCACUUCGGCUGCGUCUUCCACGGAACGCUCCUUGAGCCAGACGGGCAGAAGCAGCACUGCGCCGUCAAGUCGCUGAACCGCAUCACAGACCUGGAAGAGGUGUCCCAGUUCCUGAAGGAGGGGAUCAUCAUGAAGGACUUCAGCCACCCGAACGUUCUCUCUCUGCUGGGAAUCUGUCUGCCGCCAGAGGGCUCGCCGCUGGUGGUUCUGCCCUACAUGAAGCACGGAGACCUGCGCAACUUCAUCCGCGAUGAGGGACAUAAUCCAACAGUGAAGGACCUGAUGGGCUUCGGGCUGCAGGUGGCCAGAGGGAUGGAGUAUCUGGCCAGCAAGAAGUUCGUCCACAGAGACCUCGCUGCCAGGAACUGCAUGCUGGAUGAGAGCUACACAGUGAAGGUGGCCGACUUCGGACUGGCCCGAGACGUUUAUGAUAAAGAAUAUUACAGCGUCCACAACAAGAGUGGAGUCAAGCUGCCCGUCAAGUGGAUGGCUCUGGAGAGUCUGCAGACGCACAAGUUCACCACCAAGUCAGACGUGUGGUCGUUUGGCGUGUUGCUAUGGGAACUGAUGACCCGUGGAGCUCCACCAUAUUCGGAUGUGAACUCCUUCGACAUCACUGUGUUCCUCCUGCAGGGGAGGAGGCUGCUGCAGCCUGAGUUCUGCCCUGACGCCCUUUACACGGUGAUGAUCGAGUGCUGGCAUCCGAAGCCGGAGCGGCGGCCCUCCUUCUCCGAGCUGGUGUCCCGCAUCUCCGCCAUCUUCUCCAGCUUCAGCGGGGAGCACUACGUCCUGCUCAACACCACCUACGUCAACAUCGACAAGAUGAGCCCUUACCCUUCCCUCCUCAGCUCCACCGCUACCACUGCAGAUUCCUCCUCUUCCUCACCCGACCCCUCCACCUCCACGUCCCUGCCCACCCAGUCCCCGUUUUUUUGCCACGUGGAGCGAGAGUGCUGCACCUGAGCGAGGGAGGUGGAGGUGCAGUGAGAGAGACUCAGAAAAGAGCAGUGAGGGGAUGAAGAACUACUGUAUGGAAACACUGGACACUGUAUGCUGAGGAAAAACAGCUUUCAGAGCUGUGACUGUUCACUCAAUGUACAUAGAUCAUCGACCUUUGACCCUCUCGAGCAUCGCCACACGACAGGGUCCUCCAUGAACUAUAUGGCUGACCUUAUGGACUUUUCUGACCUUUCAUUGACCCCGGGGAGCAUGAGGUCAGCUUCCUGCGUCCUCUACAAGACAAUUACAAGGAUCAGGAACUCCUCCUCGAAGAUUCCCAGCGGACAAAGCCACCGUCACAGAAGCACGACGCCAUUCAUCAAACACCCAAAAACAAUCAUUGACUGCUGUACCCACACAGGGAGAGGAUCGAUUUCUGCUUCAGCUCCUCUCUGGGUGGCAUGUGCUUCGAUACACACAGAUGUGGCUCAGACCUUUUUCGCUGUCUGUAAUGUGAAUGUUUGACAAAUGGCCAUGUAUUGUGUCGUGUAGAAAACGUCACACCUCCUGCGCCUGCACUCAACAGAGAGAAGGAAACCUGCUUUGAUAGACUGUGGCGCCUCGGGUGAGUAAACCAAGGCACCGCGGAGGUCGAUGGAGGCAGUGUAGGUGUAAUGUGUGAAAAAAAAAAAACCCUGCUGCCUGUGUGCAGUUCACUGGAUGCUUUAUUUGUAUAAUUGCAUUUGGACAAAUUGCUUUUGAUGUGCUUGGAAAAAAAAGCGUCUCAGCGCAGCCUCGCCGUGACUCACCUGUGUGAAAUCCCCAGAUGUUUCUGAGUGAAAAGGGUUACGAGCCAACAUUCAUUUUCCUUUUGUUUUUCUCCUGAAUCG